AUGCCGCUGCGGCCAUGCGUAGCCGACGACAAGAUCGAAGCGUAUAUGCGACGCACGAAAGGGUUUUCCUUAGGACUACUACUUGGCCAUCGAAGUUCGAGCAACCUCAGCGAUCUCGUCUUGGCCGCGGUUCCUACGCCCCCGGAACAAGAUGGCGGCAAGUCAACGCAAUUGUCGGACAUCUCGAUCGAUUGGAUGGUGCUACAUGCCACUCAAGUGCUUGGCUACCUCCCUGGAGGAAUCGACUGUUUGGGGAUGUAUGUCGUCGCACGGGAUGCCGCCACGUCUUUGAACGGGAUCAAGCUACAUCGGCACAUGCUCGCAUUACGCCAAGUUCAAACUCGGUUAAAGAAGUCGCUGCAUGCUAUCUCUGACGACGACUGUGUGCAAUACAUCGCCGUUGCUUCUCCUGGUGUGUCUCCUGUCUUCAAAGCCCUCUCAAAGGGCAACGCGAUGGUUCCCGUGGAUUGCAAGUGGCAGCCAGACGUUGCGACCACGUUUCUGCGGAGGUUCACAUGCUCGAUCGAGGUUCCCAUCAUCAUCGCAUCGCCUCCGUCGCGGUCACAUACAUGGUGGACGACGCGGCUGCAUCGUCAGCUUCAGAAUACCAUAUCCAUCGCAGACUCGUCGGACCACGUGACAUUUCUACGCGCAUUAGCAAGCUCUGGGAACGGCACCGACGACGAUGGCGUCCGGACGUGUAGCACCGGCACUCCAUCGCGCUCUCUGCAAACCAUUCAAGGUAGCAUUCACUGCGUUGCGUACGUACACCGCAAGACCAAAACCAUUGUGGACGUUGCUGCCGAUCGGUUGAGAGAAGAUGGUGUGCACAGCUUAGCCACUCGGCUAGCCGCCCUGGACAACGACGACCAGUCGACAGAUGCAGAAGAAUCGCCCCACGAGGCUUCGCAAACAAUGGCGCUUCCUCGACGUGCCGUGUUCUCGUGGUGCAGCGGUGGUGUUCCUGCAGGAUUCGACGGUCUCUUGCACGUUGUGGAGGCGCACGAGUCAUUGGCGGACAGCCUGUCGAAUGCCAGGGAGGUGUUGGGAGAUGCAUCCUCGAUCCUCCACGCCACUUGGGUGGAAGAAGCUGCAAAGGAGGUGCCAGUGUGGGCGGAGAAAGUGGAACCGACUUGCAAAUCCCCCUGGCUUACGCCAGAACCCAUCACGCCCACUAAUACUGUGACCAGCCACCACUACUGGCGAUUGACUACCGGCUCUAUGGCCGCGGCUCUGAGUGUGCUGGCGUUGGCCUUAUUGUGGCUACGCUACAGUAGUACACUGUUACCUUUGUAGCCAACAUACACACAAUCAUGGCGGCGAGAGGGAAUAUGCAUACACGAGGUUGUACUUUUUGAGUCAAUAACGUAAUCGUAGUAGUAUUAUAAAUAAGAAAAACACUAAAUAAAAAGGACGGGCGCUAGCUGGCUGGCUAGUACAACGCACUAAAGUUCCACUCGACAGCCCGCGCGAGCUUGAGCUUUUCCGUAUAAAAGUCCGAGUACGUGUGUCGCUCGAUGGUGUCGUAGUCGCUGUCGUCGUACUGGUCAAAGUCCAUCGUGGACGAGCACGACUCUUGGGUGGUAGGGCUGCUCACGGGUUCGGCGGAUCGGCUGCCGGCCACUGCUUUGGGCUCGGACAUGGCGACACCACACGACAUCUUGGACAGGACUGGAGCCAACAUCACAGUCGUCGCUUGUUCCUUCUCGGACGAGAGGGAAGCCGCAACCGCAUGCGACGGCGCGUUGCAAGACGUGCUGUCGAUCGUUGUCAGUGGGAUGUCGGCUUUGGCCGCGGCCGCGCGAAUUCCUUCCGACACAGCGAGCAAGUACACGGCGUUGGACUGGCAGUCGAGGGAGCAGAAGCCAGCAGUGGUACAUGGGCUAAGGAAUUUGAGGUAGAUGUGUUUGCAGUUCUGGCACAUUUCGCGCUUGCUGUCCCA